UGUUUGAUUUCAUCGUAAAUAGCUAAAACAGUAAAAUCCUUAUAAAUAGUUUUGUCAUCCACAGACAGUAUUAGUGUCUUCUUAAAUGUUACUUACUUAUUUAACGUUUGAUAAAUUUAACACAUAGACACCCAAAAAAACACUAAUACAGUUUGUGCCCAGUUUACCAUUUAAAAGCGAGAUUUAUGACUUUUAAGACACGUCACAUUUUUUUUACUUGCGUGUAAAAUUCUUUAUUGUGUUUACUUGGAGCCAAAUAUAAUAUGCUUUCUUCAAGAUAUGAAGAUUUCAUUGAAUGCUUCGCCCAUGAUGAAUAUAUUUAAGAAUUUAACACCUUGCCUUAAUUCAGAACCUCCACCCAAAUCUAUAUUAAACCUCCAAACAAAUAUUUAUCACCUUGAUUUAAAACUGGGUUUAGAAAAAGUGUGUUUAGUAAACUGUAGCGCAUUAAAACUAGACCCAGAUUAUAUUGAAGAAGUUUCGAGAGCAAGAAGCUUAAUACAAAAGGGUGACAUUAGGAAUGGACGUAUUGCUUUGUUCAACAUAACAAAAGCUAGAACUAUCCACAAGUUUGAUAAAUAUACCGACGAAUCUCCUUAUCUUGAUAAUGUUACAGUACUAAUUAACGUGAUCGUCCUACAAUUCAUAGAAGACGUCCAAAAUGGAUUAUGAUGUAAAUAGAUCGACAGAUUUUAUAAAAAGAUCGAAAAUAAAAUGUUGACAACAGAUAUUUUUUUCAGUUUAAAAAAAUAAAAACUAAAUCAAAAGAAAUACAAUGAACGAUAAUAUAGGUAGCAAGUAUAAAUGUCAACAUUAUUAUACCUACAACAAUUUAACCAUGUUUUACGGUCUCGUGCUAGCAAUUAAAUAAAUAACUAUGAGUAAUACAAUUAGUUAAAUAAU